CACAGCCCCAAUAACAGAAUCGAAAAGGAAUUCCGUGAGAAAACAUCAGCAUUACCAUCGCCCAAAAUGACCGAACCCGCAACUCUCCUUGAAGUGGUUAGAGACUGCGACAACUUCCUCUACCCCUGCUGCCCCCAUCUCCAAACCUGGUCGUCCACCACUGUCUCGCGCGCUACCACCGUCUCCCGUGCGGCCUCAGCGGCCCCUACCACAUCGCCCCCUCCAGCAGCCCCCUCUUCAGACUUAGACCCCUACUCACGCGCCCUCUCCAAUCUCUGGACUUUCCAUCUCCCUUACGACCCCGCUCCCCAUGGCUUCCUCACCCACGAGGUCAUCAGCAACAUGCACUGGACCAAGCACUUCUACCUCGACGUCGGCAACCAAGCAGUCGACCUUCUCGCGCCUUCAGCCGAGGACCUGCUCCCCGAGGACAACGGCUCCUGGGAAGUUGCCUGUUCGAGGAUCCUGGAUGAGCAAAUUGAGAUCGCCAGACAAGACAACGUUCUGAGCAAAAUUCUGGGACCCAAGAAGAAAGGGGAGCAGUUCCCCAUUGUUGGCGCCAAGUUCGAUGUGGGCGUUGAUCGGUCGGCGAUAGGCUUAUUGGGCAUGAUAGGGAGGGGGGCACACAUGACUGUUUACUCGCGCGUUCGGUCAACCCCAUCGCUAGAGGAUGGCGAUGAUGAACAACAAAGGGAGCUUGGCAAGGACCUACGGUUUUGGAUCCCGAGGCGCGAUUACGGCAAGUCAACCUAUCCGGGCAAGUUGGACCAGGCAGUGGCGGGCGGAGUGGCGAGGGGUGAAACGCCGUGGGAGUGUAUAGUCCGGGAAGCCGUCGAGGAAGCGGGGUCCGCGUUGAGCGACGAGUUUGUGAGGGCGAAUGCGAAAGCGGCGGGCACGGUGACUUGGCUCAACAUCUCUGACCGCCGCGCCGGGCCGGGACAAGAAGGAUUGAUCAACCCGGGCGUGCUGUACGUCUAUGACUUGGAGCUACCUGAUGAGGGGAGAGACUUUAGGUUCGAGCCAGUGCCGGGAGAUAUUGACAGUUGGGCGGUCAUGGACACAGAUGAGGUGAUGACGGCCAUGAAGAGGCUUGAGUUCAAGCCGAGUUGUGCGGUGGUUAUGAUCGACUUUUUGGUGAGACAUGGUGUGAUCACGGCAGAGAAUGAGCCGGAUUACACCGAGAUUGUGAGUCGGCUGCACCGGCUGUUGCCCUUGCCGACGAGUUCGAGGAGGGAGGGCGAAAGGGAGCGCAAUGUCGUUUGA